AUGCUGGAACCUCAGUUUAAGUGGGUUUACACACCGGUUACCAUCCAUCUCACCUCGAAGAAUGCUUCUGACAUUGGCCAGCAGGCGUUCAACUUGAAGAGAAACAACUACAACUCCCAUCCGAAAAAUAGCCAGAUUCUAAAAUAUCAUGCUAUUUCUGGGAUCUACUUGGUUUUGCUAGACACCUUUCACUCCAAAAAUUUCACUGGUAAAGGCAUAAAAGCAACAGCCUCCAAAAUUAUCGAUCAAUUUGUUCUCUCCAUUGUCAAUUUAGGCGAUAUCUACUACAACUACACAGUCAGAUUUGCCUUUAAACUUAAUCAAAGCUGUCAAAAUCUCAACUCUGGCACUAAAAAUGUCUUGAACUGGUACCCUUUAAAGAUUUCCUUCAUCAAACAGUUGAAUGAAAAUUUAAUUCACUAUUUUAAUACAAACUUCUUAUUUCAAAAUUUCACUUUUCUUCCCUUUUAUGACUUUGAAAAUAAUUCAAAUUUAUCCAUAAUUAAAUUCAAAGCAGCCUCAAACCAUAUUUUGUCUGAUGAAAUUUUAAGUUCUUUCAGUGAAAUCAAUUUUUUUCUAAAUUUCACCACAAAUAACACCAACCUCAACACCCACAACUCUCAAAUAGCAAUUCAAUCUUGUCCUUUCAGUCUAACUAACCCUUCUUUAUUCCUAAAUUUCAGCUCAUUUUCAAAUAUAAUUUAUAACAUUAAUAUUCCCUCAACUAAUAACGACAACACAUCAAUCCCAAGUCCAGACUCCUCCUUAUUCGACCAACUAGUUUACUGCAAUACUGAUUACACUUUGGCUUACCUCUCUGACUUUAGAUAUCUUGACAACAUUAAUGGUGGAAUAGUCAAUCUCAUCAAUCUGCUGCAAAACAAAAAUCCCACAAAUGACAUUACAACAUCAAUUGGCUUAAUAGCUGGUGCCUUUAAAAAGAAAAAUGGCGAUGGUGAACUAUCUCUUAUUAUAUCAUGGUAUUCCAUACUAAAUGUGCUACUAAAUUUUGAUACAUCGUUACACUUAUCCUUAACUCAUUUCCAAAACACAAUUCUUUUUCCAAAUGAUCUUAUAAACAAUAAUAAUAAUAAAACACAGGCCAACAAAAUGGAAUUGAUUUAUAAUUCAAUCAAUAGAGAAAACAAAAUAAAAUUUAAUAAAAACCUCACUGUCUCAAAAAAUAUUAAACCAAUAACUGUACUAACUAAUGAUGGCGACUUAUUUUGGGGCUCAUCAAUUAUCUUAACUCCCACAGUUAUAAUUACAAACAACCACGUAAUUAACCCAUACAACGAUCUAACUAAAAUUAAAAAAAUCAAAAUCUGGUUAAAUAAUAUCAAUUCCCUAUCAAAUGAUGAUUUUCAAUUGAUUGAAUCUCCAAUCACCUCUCUAGAUUUAAUCUUUAUUUUUUUGAAAAAACCCUUACCUUCGGAUGAAUUUCCAACAUUGACUAUUCACUCAAAUGACUAUGACUAUAAUUAUAAUUAUGACCCUGAUUUAAAAAAUCCUCGAAAUCCUUAUGAAAAGAACUCCUCUGUGACUUCAUAUAGCUAUGGUUUAUUUUUAAAUCAAAACUCCUUCAUUAACAAAACAAAAAUAAUCAUUAAUAACCCACCUUUGAUAACUUUAGGUAAAUUAAACUUGAUUUCAUCAAUAAAUCUUGAACUCUUACUUGAUGAUAAACCCUUCAAUAUUAAUUUACCUUCUUUACUAAUUUCCUCUGCCUCUUGCUUCAACGGCUCUUCUGGAGGUGGAAUAUUCAAUGAAAAUGGCCAUUUGAUUGGAAUGAUAACUAGCAACGGGAAAUUAUCAAAUAAUCAAAUUUUAAACAAAUUCACUUUAAUUAUUCCAUAUCAUGCAAUAAACCUAUCUUUGAUUCUAAUUGAUCAAAUCAAAAAUUUAAAUUUCUCAUUCUUCAACUUGAAUUUAAAUUAUAACCUUAAAUUCACUCAAAAACAAUUAACUUUUAUAAAUAACAAAAUGAAAAAAUUGUGGAACCUUGAGCAAGAUGAUACAGAUAUCUUUGUAGACCCAAAUGCAAAAUUAUAA